UGGGACGAGGGGCCGACCGACGGACGGAGGGACGACAGCCCACCAGUAGAAAAAACACCAUGUGAAGAAAAAGUAUACAAAAAGGGACACCGAGAGUAAACGUGUGAGAGUGAGAACUUAUUCACUGGUCACACCACUACCGAGUAAGCGUCUUCUACGCUCGGCGGAGAGCGAAUGGACAGAGCGGGAGAGGAGCAGGACUGUAGUCUCACCAACGGUAUAAGAUAGUUAGACCAUGCCGACGAAUGAUGGCCCCAGCCGCUACCCAGUUUUUGUGGCCCCACCCAACGGCAAUCCCCAGAGGUCUCCAGGUUAUGUUCCAGGCAGGGUGGCUCCGGUUCGCUCGCCACCACCUGCCAAAGCUCCACCACCUCCACCAAUAAAACCUCACGGCCCACCGCUGCAGCGACAAGCCACUUUCAGUGUGUCAGAAGAGAACCAGCGUAGAGAACGUGCCAAGAGCCUCCAGCAAAGAAAGAACACAUUUAUCUGUUUUGGAGUGUCUAUUGGGGCUUUCUUCCUCACCCUCAUUCUUGUCCUUAGUCUCUCAAGUGGAGAUGUCUUAGAUGAAAACUGUCCAGACCACAGCCUAUCCCUUAGCAGCUGGAACCCUGGCCACCAACCAGAGAAGGCUGUUGUUGUCAGGAGGGGACAUUUGUUUAGGCUAGAUGCUUCUGCCACUUUCCAUUCACUAACUAUCCAGUCAGGAGGUCGGGUAGUUUUUGCAGACAAUAAGGAAGGCACCAAAAACAUAACCUUGAGAACACGUCACAUCCUUAUAGAAUCUGGUGGAGCCCUUCACAUUGGCGCUCCCAAAUGUCGCUAUCGUUCACGUGCCACCAUCGCCCUUGUUGGCCGCUCUGAUGACAAAGUUCCUGAAGUGCCUGGCCUAGGUCGUAAGUUCAUAGGCAUCAUGGGUGGUGGAGCUCUGGAGCUACAUGGUACUGAGAGUGUUUCCUGGACUCUGCUGACCAAAAGUAUCCCAGCCUCUGGUUUGGCCACAGGUGGUUAUGCCUUCCAGAAGAACUUCAGCCGAGGCAUCAACUUACGCGUGGUAGACCAGGACACGGCAGCUGUGGUGUUCAACGAACGCUACGACACGCACGACUCUCAUAAUGACAGUCGACGGCUCACCCAGUUGCUGAGGUCACUGCCAGCAGGCCGCAUCGUCACUCUGGCUGUUGGAGACUCGGCUGUUAAAAGUCUUCUGGAUGAAACAAAGCAGGCCAUCGAAGACAGGCUUGGCAGCAGCUUUGUCUAUGAUCUCAAAUACAGGCAGGCGUGGGCUUUGGUCUCAGUUGUAGGCGGUGGUAACGUGUCAUGCUCAGAGGACGUCAAGGAACAUGAAAACCAUGACACUGGAGGGAGAGCCCUGGCGAGACGCAACUUCACUACUGUGGACGGAGUGGGCUUCUCAGUCACUGCCUACAGCGAGUGGAAGAAUGGUUUUCCCAUCUCAGGAUUUCAGGUGGAUGCUGUAGAUCAAGUGGUGUUGAACCUGCAGGAUGAAGUGCAGACAAGCUGGAAACCUGGGAAUCAGAUUGUAGUUGCAAGCACAGACUACUCCAUGCAUCAGACCGAGGAGUUCACCUUGUUGCCGUGCCCCCACUGCACCAGCAGGCAGGUCAGGAUACAAGGGAGACCUUUGUACAAUCAUGUUGGAGAGGUCUUAGAUGGGGUCGACAUGCGCGCUGAAGUGGCUCUACUCUCCAGAAAUAUUUUGAUCUAUGGAGAAAUGGAAAACUCGUGCUAUGGAAAUAACAAAUGCCAGUUCUACAACCAUGACACCUUUGGAGGCCACAUCAAGAUUCUUGGUAAUUUCUCAUCAGUACAUCUCUCCCAUGUGGAGCUAAAGAAUAUGGGCCAGCAGGCUGAGAGUGGCCGCUACCCCCUCCAUUUCCACAUGUGCGGGGACGUGGACCAGAAAGGAGGCUACUGGGAGCCCACCUAUGUGGAUGGACUUUCCAUACAUCACUCCUUCUCCCGCUGCCUUGCUAUACAUGCUACAAACGGUUUACUGGUGAAAAACACAGUGGGCUAUGACACUCUGGGCCACUGUUUCUUCCUUGAAGAUGGGAUUGAACAGCGUAACACUCUGUACCACAACCUUGGCCUUCUGACUCGACCUGGGACUCUACUGCCGACUGACCGCAAUGACACACUCUGCACCAUCAUCAGGGACAAAGUCCACCCAGGCUACACCCCUUCACCCAGCACAGAGUGCAAGGCAGUAUCAACCUUCUGGAUCGCCAACCCCAACAACAAUCUCAUCAGCAAUGCAGCUGCUGGUUCUCAGGAUGCCGGCAUAUGGUUUGUGUUCCACAGCUCUUCCACCGGAGACUCUCAUGGGCUGGUACCAGAGACCAAAGCAGAGCUCACCCCCCUUGGGAUUUUUUACAACAACCGUGUACACUCCAACUUUAAGGCAGGGCUGUUUAUUGAUAAAGGAGUGAAAACCACCAAUGCAAGUGCUGCAGACCCUCGAGAGUACCUGUGUCUAGAUAACAGUGCCAGGUUCCGUCCACACCAGAAUGCCAACCCAAGCCUUCCUCGUGUCGCAGCUGUCAUCGACACUCUGAUCUCCUUCAAGAACAAUGACUUAGGAGCGUGGAUACGGGGAGGAGACAUCAUCAUCGAGAACUCUGGCUUUGCAGACAAUGGAGUAGGAUUAUCAUUUGCCAGUGAUGGCAGCUACCCGAAGGAUGAAGGCUCCAGUCAAGAGGUGACACAGUCUCUGUUUGUGGGUGAAAGCCACAACAGAGGAACGAAUGGAGGACAGAAUAAAUACUGGGGCCCAGGAGGGGCUGAUGCAAAAAUGAGGACACUACCCAGAAACAGGACGUUCCCUAUCCGAGGUUUCCAGAUCUAUGAUGGUCCAGUGCGGCUGACACAGAGUACAUUUCGUGGAUAUAUCCCCACACCUGAGCGUUAUACCAGCGCAGUGGGAUUCAGCCUAAAAAACACCUGGCAGCUCACUCCACGGAAUAACCUGUCCCAGCUGAACUUCCACUCCACAGUUGGUCUUCGUACAUUCUUUGGUCGUCCUGGGCAGUGGUUUGAAGACAAUGAUCUAGACGGGGACAAAAACUCUAUCUUUCAUGACAUGGACGGCUCAGUAUCAGGCUACACAGGCGCCUACGUUGGCAGAGCAGACAAUUACCUCAUCCAACACCCUGGCUGUGUGAACAUGUCCCAGUGGAGUGGAGUAAUCUGCAGCGGCCGCUACUCUCAGGUGUACAUCCAGACACAGGGAGCCCCCAGCCUCAGUUUAUCCAUCAGCAGAGAUGAAUAUCCCAAUGCUCCUCUUGUACUGAGGGGCAUUAACAGCCAGGGAGCACCCUCUCAGCAGUACCAGCCUAUUCUGAUGAUGAGCAAGAGCUACACUCUGCACUGGAACGGACCUGCGCCCAGAGAGAUCGUCCUGUCUCUCAUUAACUUUGACAAAGAUGACUGGGUGCUAGUUGGACUUUGUUACCCAUCAGAUACCACUUUUCAGAUCAUGGCCGACAUCUACGACAGACAAAGCAACACCUUUGAUGACAUCACUGACUAUGGCACCGUAUCAUCCCUUGCAGACCUUCAGAAGAGGCAGAUGGAGAGGAAGUACUAUUUUGAUCAGAGUGUCGGCUUGUUGUGGCUCUACCUCCGAGCUCGUCAUGGCCGUGACGGUCACAGCUAUUGUUCAUUUAAGGGCUGUGAAAGAGUAAAAGUCACCGCCACCACAUCCUCCAAACAGACUUGUAAUUGCACAGCCAAAGCCUACCCCAAGUACUCGAAGACUCCCUCAGCAGUGGUGCCUAUGCCGCCUCUAAACACAGAGCCCUGUAAAAGCUGUGGUGCUAAGCAGCUUGUGUUUUCUAGUGAGCCAUGGACUUUCUACCUUCAGACACAAAUCAAGUCUCUCAGCAGCAAAGAGGAGCAGAGAGGAGAUAAGAGCUCUUUUAUCACUGUGAAUGAGGUGACCAUGCCCUUCUCUCAGCCUGGGUUUUUCCUGGUCACGGUGGAUGCAUGCUCUGGGAAAGUCGCCAAAAAAGUCUCAUUUGCAAAGAUGGAUGCCAAGAUGGAACAGUACCUAAAAACUGGAAUACCAAAAAGGUCCAUAGUGCUGAUGGCAACACGAGGUCAGCCAGGGGGUCUAGUUGAUGUAGCACCACAUCUGGUCUCGUUCGGUUUGGCCAAAGCUGCUGAUCUACACAAUAAAGAGAGUCUGGCACUUUGGGGCUUCCAGGGUGGUUCUUCAACCCCUCCGUGGGUCUCUCUCCAAGCUGGGCAGGGGGAUGAGAUCCUUGGGCUGCAGGAGCGGUACUUGCCCCUGGGUUUGCAGGCUUACGGCUGUACUCCACCUGCAGCUCAAAAGCGAAAAGAUCUGGAGCUACUCAAAAAAGCCAUGGGACUACAAUGACCAAUGUGAACGAUACAACUUAACUACCCGAAAUACUGUUGCACACAGACACACGAAAAUACAACCAGCUGAUGAAUGUGAACUGCUGAACCUUUAAUUUAUUAACAAUGGCAAAGAUGUUUACCGAUUUCAAGUGGAGAGAGGGAUUUUUAUUUUGAAGGGGGGUGAGUAUUUUUUGUAAUUUUUGCGUGCCUGUGUUUGUGUGUAUGUUGAAUUAUGCCUUGGGGCUGUUGAGUCAAUGCACUUUCCUUUUAUAGACAAAACUUGCCUUAUCAGCCAAAGUGAUCACAUGGAGCUGUUCAGUAACUAGUUGUUAUUCAGUUGUUUAGUCCUUUGACAACAGGAAAAAGAGAAUGAUCCCAAAGCAACCGUUAGCAUCUUCCUCACAUUCUUAUUAUUUAUUAUGCAGCAAAUGGAAACAGAAUUAAAAUGGACUGAGUCUGAUGAGAGAACACAAUGCAUUAGAUAUACAAAGGCCUGAAGGAAAUUAUGAAAAUAAAUUACAUUGUCCCUGAAGUGAGACCAUGUUGGAAUCCAGCUGAAAAUGAAAUGAAAUGGAUUAGAUGUGCUCAAGUCAAAGGGAAAUAAUGAAUAGAAAUGCCAUUUCAUCUGAUAAUUAAACAGCAAUGUUAAAGCCAAAUAUUACUAUGUAAUGCAAAACAGAGCUAAAGGGUUAUAUGUCUUAGCUAGUGAAAUUAAUUGGUACAAAUUAUUUGUGUAUUAAAAACUAAGUCAUCUUAAAGCCAUAUACAUAAGGAUAUUUAAAUGGUUACGCAUACUAAAAGUAGUUCACAAUACAAUAUGUGUACCUAUCUUUCUUUUGUAAAACACAUAAAUGCAGUUUAAUAGAAUGUUACAACUAUAUAGGCCUGUCACCAAAGCUCACAUUAUAUUCUUUUUAGUAUUUAUUUCAAUGACAACUGAAUCUAUGACUGGAAAACCUCCUCUGAUCAUUGUGCAGCUGUUUAAAUACAGACUUUAAGCACCUUUAUAACAUUUCCUACAUGGACUUACUGGACCUUUUUUAUCUCCUAUUUAUAUCUGUCUCGUCCCAGUGAUGUUGUCUCAAGUGCUAGCCACAUGUGUGACACAAAUAUACAUAUUACUUUUUGUUUUCACAAACAAAACUGAAUGUUUUAUGUUUUAUCUGCCUCAUUUCUGAUCUUUUGAUGUGCAUUAUUGCCAAACCGCGUUUAGCUCUACUACAGAUUGUCUAUUUAGAGCUGACAGCCUGACUGCACAGUAGUAAGCAGCAGUAUUCAUAAAGAUUAUAUACCAGCUGAUGUAUGAAAGGCUUUGUGUGGAGUCAGUAUAUAAUCUUUAAAAGGCUUUUUGGUUGUGAGCAGGGCUCCCCCACUGUGCUAUAAUAAGUACCUAUUUGUGACUGUGUGUAAGUGUGACUGUGAGAUAGGAGAUAGAUCCUCCGAGGAUGACCUUGUUGCCUUUUAACCACUUUACUCUUAAAAGAGAAAAAAAGAAUGAAGAACAUGUUUCCAACCUUUUCCGUUUGUUCAGUUUAUGCUUUGAAGAUGCACAACAAGAGAUAUCCUUUUUAUUUGGAGUGAGCUUUGUAAAUAAAGUGUUUUAUGUAAUAACUCAAACAUGUGGAAUGGAAAUGUCAAAAAGGUUGUCUUUAGUGUACUUUCUGUGUUUUUGUCUCUUGUGUUGACUGAAAAAUAGCUGAUUCUUUACACAUGGAAACUCAGCAUUUUAUAUGAAAUUGCUUAUUAAAUAAACCUUAUCUGCUUUUU